AAUUAGAGUUAGUGAGGUAGCGCUGAAAUGGGUGAGGUGUUUUGGUUAAAUUUAAGUUUAUAACACUUAUAAUUAUGCGCAUUAAUGUUGUGGUAAAGCGUUCAAACACUAAAGUCAGCAGCUCUUUAGAAUACGAAUUUGAAAACAUCAAGUUACAAACUGCAGACAAAUCCAAUUAAUUAUGAGCAGUGGGAUUCUCAGGGGAGCUCUCUGUCCUCUCUUUUUUUUCUCUCUCGCUCUCUCUCUGACAUCACUGGGAACUUGUGUGUAUAAAGUAACCACAAGAAUGCAGCGUGUCAGGCAAGGGAACGCGAGUACAGACAGAGGGCCCUUUCUUUCACCGGGUAUGCAGGGCAGGGAGAAGGGACGCUGCACUGAGAGAGUGACACACGGGCAGAGAGAGGUAAAGAGAUACAGGCACAAAGAGCACAGUUCAAUACAUACCAAGUAUGGGGCAACAUUGAGAGCUUAGAGAAUAUCAACAAAAAGCAGGAUUUACAAGGAAGAGGACAGGGAAAAACAGCUUUACUGGGCCGGACUUCUAAAAUCUUUUGCCGAAAAUGUCCUCAUUCCAUCACUUCUCCCAGAGGAGAAUGGAUUAAAAUAGAGAGGAGACUCCAGAGGACGUGAGGUGGGAUCCCAUAUCCCAAAAGAGGAAACAAACAAACAACACAAACAGGCAGACUUCAUAGACCUUCCCAUCAAGGCAAGGAGAGAUCGGAAUCAUUACAGCAACUGAAGGAUUACAAAGGAAAAACCCCCCUCUCUCAUAAACAAUUGAUCUUUGGACUUCAAACUUUCAUAAAAAAAUGCGUUGGUCUUCAAACCCCCAGAUAAGGCGGUUAAGGAAGGAGGGGAGGAUAAAGAGAUUCUCCCUGCAUCAAGAAUUUUUCUAGUCUGUCCCAUCCUCCCUUUCCUUCAUCAGAUAUUCAUUGUGACUGGGAUGUCCUACUAUAUCAGCAAAAUCUUCAAUGUCAUGAGUUCACCAGGAAACUGAAACCAGCCCUAGAUCAGGGUCAAAUCACCACAAGAACAAUCCCCAGAUAACAGCAACACCCUUGCUGACUACUUCAAUCAGAACGUGUUCACUAUUGUAAUUGGUUUCUUCUUCAAAGAUUACCCUCAAGAGGAAUUGUUAAGACACUGUCAGUGAACAAUGAAGGAAGACAUCUUGGAUUUUUUCAGUGACUUGUGGAAGGUGGCCACCACUAAGCAUGACGAGGGGAUCUAUAACACAGUCUGCCUGGUGGUGCUGCUAGCCCUGCCUAUGGUGGUGCUCUUCACUUCUCUGGUGGUGUGCUGCCACUGCUGCUGCUGUCGCCACGCCAACUGCGCUGGUUGCUGUGCAGACAGCCCCAGCUCAGCCACAGCAAAAUCAGACAAAAAUAAGAAGAGUCCGAAAGAUGAGGACUUGUGGAUCUCGGUCAAAACAGGACCUAUGACACCAGACAGGGUUGCACUGACGAUGGUGUAAGGUUCAGAUAAGGUUUUAUUUGUAUUCAUAUGAAGCUCUUUUUUUACUGCAAGGUACAGGUACAUGAUGCCGAGCACUGGUGUUCAAUAUGCUCGACAGAAACGGUUGAAACACAGUAAAAGAGCCAACGAUAUGUGAUUGAUUGUGUGUGUGUGUGUGUGUGUGUGUGUGUGUGUGUGUGUGUGUGUGUGUGUGUGUGUGUGUGUGUGUGUGUGUGUGUGUGUGUGUGUGUGUGUGUGUGUGUGUGUGUGUGUGUGUGUGUGUUCUUCUAUCCAUGUUGGGACCUAAAGUCCCCACAACGAUAGUAAAACAAGUCAAAUUCCCAUGUCCUCAUGAGGACAAAGACUAUUAGGUUAGGUUUAGGGUUAGGGUAAGGGAUUAGGUUUAGGAGUAAGGUUUAGGGUUUGGGUCAGGGUUACAGGUUAAGGUUAGGGAAAAUAGGAUUUUGAAUGGAAAUCCAAUUUUAGGUCCCCACAAGGAUAGAAGGACAAAACGUGUGUGUGUGCGUGUGUGCGCGUGUGCGCAUGUGCUUGCAUACGUGGGUGUGUGCGUGUGCAUGAGAAAAUGUGUGUAUGUGCAAGGAAGAGUGAUAGAUGACACUUGGUGUAUGUGUUAGUGUGCACUUCUGUGUGAAAUUCACUAUCUUCACAUUUGGGGACUAUUUAUAUUUCCAAUGCUGGAGGCCAGCAAUCUAGUAUUGGGAUUCAGUUAGAAGACUAUUUUUAAUAGGUUAGACCAUUUUAAGUUCAAAGCACUUGCAGUUAUUGCACUUACAACAGAAAUGUGUGUAACUACUUUGAAAUAUUUUGCUGUACUUGCUAUACCCACUGAAUGGAGAUCUUAAUUUCAUUCAUGAGUUAAUUAUCAAACGCAGAAUUUAAUAGAACCAAGUGAAGCACUCAGAUCUUUCAAUUGCAUUGCUCAAUGUAUAUGUUUCUUUCCCCGUAGAGUAUCCUACAUACAGCAGCUAGUAUUGUGGAUAAAAAAAUGUAUCUAACAGUUCCAUGUUUUACGCUGCCUUAUGCUCAGAUUGAUGACACAGAUUCAUGUUUACUGUCUUGCACUAUCCCUAUUGGUUCAUAAUAUCAUUAUGCAUGGACACCAGGCUCUCAGAUGUAUGGGGCGCUGAGUGGAUCCUUCUUAUAUCCUCCAUCCCUCAGUGCCAAUGUGACCCUCUGACUUAAAAUAAUAGUUAUUCUAUCUCAAAACUGGGAUUCCUAAAAAAUGUGUCCGAGGAUUUGGUCAACUUCCGUCAGAUGUUUAAAAUCCUAAAUGAAUCAGGAGUGGGCAGGGUCAGCUAUACCAUAAGGACCCCUUAUUCAUGUCCUCAUUACAUGUAGCGUAGCAAGACCACUCAUGGUCUGUAAAGUUCUCUACUUUUGAUAGAUUUAAACACACAAUUUUGAAAUCAUAAUGGUCACAACCAUAAACUGUCAAGAAAAGGGCAAUUAAACUCUGUCAGAUUUCAUCAGAGUGCUGUAAGAUCUGAGAAUUGUUGUGUUUUUAUUUGGGAUUUUCAAAUGAAUCAUUUUCUAUAUUUUACAAAUGUUUGUAUUUUUGAAACAAAAGUAGAGAUUGUUCCGUCUUUCAAGAAUCUCUGAAUUGAUUUGAAAUUUACAAAUCCGGUGACAAAUCAUUUUUAUUUGUUAUCUAUUCAUGAUCCUUAUUUUGAGAUGAAAGACUUCUGCGUUAGUUAUUCAUAUGUAAAAAGUCUGAGGGUAGAAAAAUACUUUUCCUUUGCAAAGGGGGGGGGGUGAUUUGCCGUUUGAACAGGAAGUCUGCCAUAGACGAUAGUUUCACAUUCUAUCACUGACGCUGUGAUCUGUCCCAAUUAUGCAUGAGAACAUACUGUAUAUUCUGGCUGUUUUGUUAUUACACAAGAAAAAGCUGAGGUAAUCAUUCAAGUUAUGAGCUCAGGCCACAGUGGAUACCGCAUGCAUAAUUUAUCCUGUCAUUUGAUUUUACAUAACAGCUAUAUGGAGAAAAGGGGGACAAAAAAAUAAAGUAUUUUUUAUGCUUUGUUAA